AUGCUCAGGGCUUCUUCAAGACUUAGAUUCGGCUUUCCACAAACACGGAUUGCAAGGUGGGCUAGCUCCAAAGUAAUAGGAAUUGAUUUAGGUACGACAAAUAGUGCAGUUGCAUACAUUAGAGAUCCGUUAGACCUCAAGUCAGUAACAAUUAUAGAAAAUGAUGAAGGAAGAAGAACGACUCCUUCUGUAGUAGGAUACGACGUAAAGAAUGGUACCUAUGUUGUAGGUGAAGCCGCUAAAAGACAAGCGCUGAUCAACCCCGAAAAUACCUUCUAUGCUACAAAAAGGCUCAUUGGACGCUCAUUUCAAGAUGCUGAAAUCCAAAAGGACUUGAAGCACAUGCCUUUCAAAGUGUUAGAAAAUCCUAGCAACAAGCAAGCAUAUUUAUCGACAUCGACAGGAGAAAUUAAAUCGCCGGGAGAAAUAAGUUCAGCAGUCUUAAGCUAUUUAAGGAAAACGGCAGAAAAAUACUUAAACGAAGAGAUCAACAAAGCUGUCAUUACAGUUCCUGCUUAUUUUAACGACUCCCAGAGACAAGCCACCAAAGAUGCUGGAAAAAUGGCAGGGCUGAACGUCCUCAGGGUUGUGAAUGAACCCACAGCGGCAGCAUUGAGCUUUGGUCUUAAUACGAGCGAAUAUUCCGGUGUAAUUGCCGUUUACGAUUUAGGUGGAGGAACCUUUGAUAUCUCUAUUCUGGAUAUCGAAAGUGGCGUUUUUGAAGUCCGGGCUACUAACGGUGACACCCAUUUAGGUGGUGAAGACUUCGACAACGUUGUGAUUAACUACAUUACCGAUAAGUUUAUUGAAGCCAAUCCAGACGUUGUCAAAGAAGAUCUUUUAAAAAAUCGGGAAGCAAUGCAACGGAUCAGAGCAGCUUCCGAGCAAGCAAAGAUAGAUUUGUCUCACGUCAAACACACUAGUGUCGAUAUUCCGUUUUUGCAUAAUAACAAACACCUUGAGAUACAACUUUCUGAAAGCCAGCUUGACAAAAUGACGUUAAGCCUUAUAGAGAAAACUAUUCCCCCUGUUAAGAGAGCCCUGAAAGAUGCGGAAAUUGAGCCAGAAGAAAUUGAGGAGGUAAUUAUGGUAGGCGGCAUGACGAGGAUGCCCAAGAUCAGAUCUACUGUCUCUGAAGUUUUUGAGAAGCAAGUUAAUACUACUGUGAAUCCCGAUGAGACUGUAGCUCUAGGGGCAGCAAUACAAGGAGGAGUUCUUUCAGGGGAGAUAAAAAAUGUCCUACUACUAGACGUGACGCCGUUGACUCUAGGAAUUGAAACCUACGGAGGGGUUUUUUCUCCACUUAUCCCACGUAAUACCACUGUACCUGUUAAAAAAACUGAAGUUUUCAGCACUGGUGUCGAUGGUCAGACAGGUGUCGAUAUAAGAGUUUUUCAAGGAGAGAGAGGCUUGGUCAAAAAUAAUAAACUAAUUGGGGAUUUUACUCUUGCAGGAAUCACACCGAUGCCCAAAGGUGUCCCACAAAUAGGAGUGACGUUUGACAUUGAUGCGGAUGGUAUCAUCAAUGUAUCGGCUGCAGAAACUGGCACUGGCAAAGAAAAAUCCAUUACGGUUGUAGCGAAUUCGGGUCUCACAGAAGAGGAAAUUAAUAAAUUGGUCGAAGAUGCCAAUGCCAAUAAAGAACUGGACAACUUGAUAAGACAAAGAGUGGAGCUUAUUACAAAGGCUGAUAUCAUGAUCUCGGAUACCGAGAAUGCAUUUAAACAAUUUAAGGAGACCAUCACGAAAAGUGAUUUAUAUCCUGAGGUGCUCGCAGACUUAGAAAGCACGCGUGCUAUGAUCACCAACUUCAAAGCGAACGAAUCAGAUUUAAAUUUGGACGUGAAUGACGUUAAGAGAGCCACAGACCAGGUACAGAAACGUGCCAUGCAACUUUUUCAAGAUGCGUCAAAGAAGUAG